AUGUCUUAUCAUUACGAUUCGUACUACCGGAGACGUGGCAUUAAUCAAUAUGGUAAUCAAUAUGAUAAUCGAGGUCAAGGAGCUGCUAGAGGAGGAUCAUAUCAUUAUACCAAUCAAGACGGAUCUUUUUACUAUCAAAAUAGUGAUGGAUCAACAUAUUAUUCAUCAUCUGAAGGAUAUGGAACUUAUACAUCACCAUAUGAUAAUCCUCGUUAUUACGAGUCAAGUGAAUCAGAGGAAGAAGAACAAGAAUAUAUUCCCCAACCGAGACGUCGAAAUUCCAAAAAGAAAAACGUCAAAAAAACAACAGGCAAAGUAUCAAAAGCAAAAAGUAAAAAACAAAGAUCUCGAAAAUGA